UUUCUUUCGAGAGAUCUAGCGAGAUUAGGCCGCCAGAACGGUGCUGACACGCUGAUUUGGGGUAAUUCAAAUUGUUCAUAUGGAUACUGGCCUUGCAAAAAACAUUUGUUCAGAGGCCCUGCGCACUCCAGAGGAUUCUUGGCCAUCUCUGCUCAUCGCUUCUUACAUGGGGAUGGCAGUGUCUCCCUGGCGGGCUCCUCGCAAGGGCAAAGCACCAGCCAGAGGCGCACAAUGGACGAAUUCCUUCCUUUUGGGAGGUGACCCUAGCGUGUGGAAGCCAAAGGGGACCUCGGAGGGGGAUGGGGAGGGUCCUGCGCUCAGGAAUCUGGGGAUCGGGGGCUAGUCCCGAAGACAGAGACCCACAACUGCUGGCUCCCGGAGGAGAGUGAGGCUCUGGAGGGCAGGACGCACACCAAGCCUCGCCCCUCCACCCUCGGCCCCAGCCCGCUGGGUAUAGGCUCGGGCUCCUCAUCUUGGGUUAUAUAACCCCGGAACGUGGCAACCGGGUGAGCAAAGGCGGAGGGGGGGGGGGAGGAAAGGAAAAGAGAGGAGAGGCGGGGGAGAGGGGGAAGCGCCGCCUCUGCUUGGGCCCCUUGGGUGUCCUUCCGAAGGCUUCCUGGAGGGCAGCCCUCCCCAACCCGUACCCCAGCCGCCACCUCAGUUUCCCCUCACUCUUCUGUCUAUCACACCCGUCCCGGCAGGGGGCUCUGGCUCUGGAUAGAUUUCUCUCGAGUUGUAGUUUCCUCCCCAAAGUUCUAAGCUUCGCUGCCGCGGCUAGGUCAGCCGCUUGGAGCCUCAGUUUCCCAGUUUGUAAUAUGAGAUUUGAGAGGCCACAUGUAAAGCAGCUGGCAUCGUGCAUGGUACACAGCGGGUGCCCACUGUGGGACGGGAGCCUCACAGGAUUGCGGGGAAUCGAGGGCUCCGAGGGGCUUUGCCGAUUGUAAGGGGCAGCACUCGAGCGAAGCGGGUGAGCUCGGGGACCGAAGAGGGAGGGGUGGGGUCGGUGGGUGCAGAGACCUUGGGCAGCCGACCCCUUCGUUCCCCUCCUCCAUCCUCUCCCGUGUCCCUUCCUCCCUUCCCUUCUCUUCCCCUCUCCCCCCUCCUUUCCCCUCCCCUUCCCUCCCUUCCCCACUCCUCCCCUCCCUCCUCCCCUCCCCCGCUCCCCUCCCCUCUCCUCGGCACCCCUCCCGGGUCCGAGGCCAGCGAGCGGGCUGUGGGCGGGCCGGAGGCCGCAGGGGGCGUGCGGCGGCGGCAGGAAGGGGCGGGGGGCUCCGGAGCCCCGGCAGGAAGAGGUAAACCCACCAGCGGCCGAGGGUUUCGCGCGUCCCCACCUUGAACCCCGCCAUGUGGGGUCUCCUGCUCGCCUUGGCCGCCUUCGCGCCUGCCGUCGGUUUAGGUCUGGGGGCACCCAGCGCCUCCGUGCUGGGCCUGGCGCCGGCCGCGACCACCGAGGCCCCGGUCUCGACCCCGGCCCCGCGUAGCAGCCCGGCACAGCCGCCCGCGGGGAAGGAGAACGGGACCUCAGAACAGCAUAUCCGGAUUCGAGUCAUCAGGAAGAAAAAGGUCAUUGUGAAGAAGCGAAAGAAGCUAAUUCGCCCCAUACCGCCAGUGACUGCCAGGCCUUCAAUGACUGCCAGGCCUUCAACGACUGCCAGGCCUUCAACGACUGCAAGGCCUUCAACGACUGCCAGGCCUUCAACGACCACCAGCCCUGUAGGGGCCUUUGACCUCCCUGAGAAGCAAGAACCAGGUUGUCCCCCUUUGGGCCUGGAGUCCCUGCGAGUUUCAGAUAACCAGCUCGAUGCAUCUAGCAGCCAGUCCUUUGGUCUUGGACCACACCGAGGACGGCUCAACAUCCAGUCAGGCCUGGAGGAUGGUGAUCUUUUUGAUGGGGCGUGGUGUGCCGAGGAACAGGACGUUGAGCCGUGGCUUCAGGUGGACGCCAGGCACCCCACCCGCUUCUCAGGCAUUAUCACCCAGGGCAGAAACUCCAUUUGGAGGUAUGACUGGGUCACAUCUUACAAGGUCCAGUUCAGCAAUGACAGUCGGACCUGGUGGGGGAGUAAGAACCGCAGCAGUGGGAUGGACGCGGUGUUUCCUGCCAACUCGGACCCAGAGACCCCAGUGCUGAACCUCUUGCCUGAGCCCCAGGUAGCCCGCUUCAUUCGCCUGCUGCCCCAGACCUGGCUCCAGGGAGGUGCAUCUUGCCUCCGGGCAGAGAUCCUGGCCUGUCCAGUCUCAGAUCCUAACAGCCUGUUCCCUGAGGUCCCCAUGCUGGGAUCCUCUGACCCACUGGACUUCCGGCAUCACGAUUAUAAGGCCAUGAGGAAGCUGAUGAAGCAGGUGAACGAGCAGUGCCCCAACAUCACCCGCGUCUACAGCAUUGGGAAGAGCCAUCAGGGCCUGAAGCUGUAUGUGAUGGAAAUGUCGGACCAGCCUGGGGAGCAUGAGCUGGGAGAGCCUGAGGUGCGAUACGUGGCCGGCAUGCAUGGGAACGAGGCCCUGGGGCGGGAGUUGCUCCUGCUCCUAAUGCAGUUCCUGUGCCGCGAGUUCCUGAGAGGGGACCCGCGGGUGACCCGGCUGCUCACGGAGACACGCAUUCACCUGCUGCCCUCCAUGAACCCUGAUGGCUAUGAGACUGCCUUCCGCCGGGGCUCGGAGAUGGUGGGCUGGGCAGAGGGCCGCUGGAACCAUCAGGGAAUUGAUCUUAACCAUAAUUUUGCUGACCUCAACACACCACUGUGGGAAGCAGAGGAUGAUGGGCUAGUGCCUGACACUGUCCCCAACCAUCAUCUGCCACUGCCUACUUACUACACCCUGCCCAAUGCCACUGUGGCUCCUGAAACUCGGGCAGUGAUCAGGUGGAUGCAGCGGAUCCCUUUUGUGCUAAGCGCCAACCUCCACGGGGGUGAGCUCGUGGUGUCCUACCCCUUCGACAUGACUCGGACUCCGUGGGCGGCCCGCGAACUCACACCUACCCCAGAUGAGGCUGUGUUUCGCUGGCUGAGCACUGUCUAUGCCGGCACUAAUCGGGUCAUGCAGGACCCAGAUCGCCGACCCUGCCACAACCAGGACUUCUCCUUGUAUGGCAACGUCAUCAACGGGGCUGACUGGCACACAGUCCCUGGGAGCAUGAAUGACUUCAGUUACCUACACACCAACUGCUUUGAGGUCACUGUGGAGCUGUCCUGUGACAAGUUCCCUCACGAGAAUGAGCUGCCCCAGGAAUGGGAGAACAACAAAGAUGCUCUUCUCACCUACCUGGAACAGGUGCGCAUGGGCAUUGCGGGAGUCGUGAGGGACAAGGACACAGAGCUCGGGAUUGCUGAUGCUGUCAUUGCGGUGGAUGGGAUCAACCAUGAUGUAACAACAGCAUGGGGCGGGGACUACUGGCGCCUGCUGACCCCUGGGGACUACAUGGUGACCGCCAGUGCUGAGGGCUACCACACAGUGACACGGAGCUGCCGGGUCACCUUUGAAGAGGGCCCUGUGCCCUGCAAUUUCCGUCUCACCAAGACUCCCAAACAGAGACUUCGCGAGCUGCUGGCAGCUGGGGCCAAGGUGCCCCCGGAUCUUCGGAGGCGGCUGGAGCGGCUGAGGGGACAGAAGAAUUAACACCUCCAGCUGAAAAGCCCCAGAGCCUUGGGCAGGCUGGUCCUGUCCAGAACUGAAGGAGGAGAUGCCAAGGGUGGGGCGGGGGUGGGGGGAGGGACGAAGUGGGGGAAGAGGCGCUUGGGCUCAUUAAAGCUGCGUGG